AUGGACACGAUGAUAACACGGAUGCAAUCAAAGGACUACACAUACGUCUACAAAUGCAGCAACGGCGCCUUGAGACGUUCAUUAUUUACGGGCCUCUAUCAAGGAUUCGGCCCAACACUAUUCGCCGGCAUCCCUUCCUCUGCCGCGUUCUUCGCAACAUACGAAGCUUCCAAGGCAGCUUGUGAGAGAGCCCAAGUCGCGGGGUACCUUCAAGGCGUACCACGUCCUAUCCUGCACACCGUGAGCAGUGCAGCCGCGGAACUCGUUGCGUGUGCAUUGAUGAAUCCCGCCGAGGUUCUGAAGCAGAAUGCGCAGAUUGCUCGCAAGCCGCAAACGCCGUCGAAUGGGCCACCGGCCACGAUUCGGAUUCUGAAACAGUUUUAUAAGCAGCCUUCCGCUCUUUGGGCUGGGUAUUGGGUUUUGGUUGCGGGUCAAUUACCCAGUAUCUGCUUGACGUUCUGUUUGUAUGAGUCGAUUAAGGAGUCGUUGAAUGAGAAGCAGGAGCAGUUAGAUUCUGUUUCUCAGCAGAUGCAGACUACAGUGCUCAGUGCUGGCCUUGCCGGUGGGUGCUCGUCUUGGUUCUUUGUUCCUAUUGAUGUUGUCAAGACUCGGAUGCGACUCGCGGUGGGCAGUGAUGUUCAGAUACCUCGGCCUUCUAUUGAAAAGGUGAGAUAUGUGUCCUCUGGGGCGACUUUUUCGUCUCGUCCUGGUGCGUUUGCGGUUGCCCAGGAUGUGCUCCUCAGAGAGGGCAUUGCAGGUUUCUUCCGUGGUUCUGGAUUGACUUGCCUGACGGCGACGGUUGGCAGCGCGAUGUACAUCGGCUGCUAUGAAGGAACAAAGCUCUUUUUGAACGGUUCCUAG